AUGGCUGCACUUUCAGAUCUAGCGGAUGUGCUGAUUAGAGACGUGAACGCGUCGAGAACACACGUAGGAAUCAUGGAGAUUCAAGCACAUCUGAUGCACCAUAACCCGUACGAUCUAGUCAAAACCGAAGAGCCUUCGACACCACCGAAGUCGAAGUCGACAUGUGAGUUUCAGUCGAAGUGUGUGCUGGGCGUUUCUCGAGGUUCGAUCAGCGUCAUAUGGUCAGCCUGGAAUUGA